AGCGCCGUCUGGUGUCGCCAUUGGCGAUUCUUAUCACCAGUGGCGAUCCCAGCCAGCGAGAACGGUCCUUCAACGCUUCAUUGACGGUUGGAGAGCCGUGAACGAUUUUUCCAAGCUCUCCUUCCACAAGAAGUUAAAUGAGUGCAACAUUUUAUGAGUUUCCCAGCAACAUUGUGGGGACUUUCUUCGGGGUGGAUGAGAGCUGUUGCAGUCUGCAUCUCCGGUUCGGUCGGAUCACACCCCUCAUCCUUAAAGUGAAAUUCGCUUGUCCUUAUCAAUUCAGGACAGAACAACAACAACCAGCACCAUAAGCAUAAUUGAUCACUUCAUUGUGAUCGGAAAAAGUGGACAACACAUUGGACCUUCACCUUGACCUAACCUUACCACGUACAUAUCAAGUAACCCAAUGGUUGUUAUGAAUGCAGUGAGUGUUGCUGCCGCUGCCAUGGCCGUAUCAGCUGAAUCGAGCCCUCAUCGGGCCUGGUACGAAAACUCAGGUGGGAUUCAGCAUCAUCAUACUUCGGAAGAGAUGGCGGAUGCCUACUUCAAAAGUCAAUAUGCUAAUUUCAAUACGGCUCUCCAAGGUUCCUACCAUUCAUCCAUGCCUACAGGCCGGGACACCCAGCAAAUGUUUGGCAGUCACCCAUCUUUUUAUCCCUCAUUUGGAACAUCCAUGUGGGGAUUCGGCAAUGGAUCGAACUCUCCAAGUGUGCCUUCAAAUAUCCAUGUGAAUGCGCCCUCAUCUUCCCCCACGAGUAGCUCUUCCAUGGGUUCCAACAAACACUAUGCCUCGUCUUUUGGAUAUCCCCCGUCCCCAAUCAAAGACAAGGACGAUGACUACGAUCACCACAAAUCAGGCUGCAUGGGACCUGCUGGCUCCACUGGAUACCUGGUGAAGCGCCCUGAAGGUAGUUAUGAUUCCACAACCUCCUCUGUGUCCCCACCCGCACCCACAUCUCUAUCCACACAAAACGGAGCGGGAACAUUUCCGUACUUUGCCGCUUCCUCAGGCCCAGAGCUUUCGAGCCCAUUUUACGGCUCCUACUCGACCACAGGGGUAUUCUCCGGGAAGCAAACAUCCCUAAAGACGCCUUUGUCCAAAUCAAGCAAAACCAAGCCAAGUGCAUCCGAGGGUCGCGAGUGCGUCAAUUGCGGGGCCACAUCUACUCCCCUGUGGCGGCGUGAUGGUAAUGGCCAUUACUUGUGCAAUGCCUGCGGGCUUUACUACAAAAUGAACGGCACAAGUCGGCCCCUGGUGAAACCAAAGAGACGAAUGUCAACCACGAAGCGUGAAGGCACCGUUUGCGCCAACUGCAAAACCACCACCACAACGCUUUGGCGUCGGAAUCAUCACGGCGAGCCCGUCUGCAACGCCUGUGGACUCUAUCAUAAAUUACACAAUAUAUCAAGGCCCAUCACCCUAAAAAAAGACGGCAUUCAAACGCGAAAUAGGAAGCUGGCUUCCAAGUCCAAGAAGAAGAGGAUGGCAGAUUUCUUCAAGCCCUUGGACUCCAGAUUCUCGGCGUAUGCCGGUAUGUCGGCUGGCUCCGGGUACUUUGCCAAUCCCAUGACACAAUAUUACGGUCAAAUGGGUCAAAUGGGGUCCCAAUUCAUGACAAGCCCCCACAUGACAGCUGGUGGACUGAACUUGUCCUCGGCUGGAUCGUAUGGACAUUUCGGCUUAGGAUCCGGGUCCAUGAGCGCCAAUUCCAUGAUUUCGGCGUAAAUGCAAUUGAACCUGCAAAUUACUGGCUGUGAUGAUUGUGGUGGAACCAGCUGUUGUGUCCCUUUGCUUGCCAUGCCCUUUCAUGUUUGUUAUGUUAUUAUUUAUCAGCAAAAAAUAUGGAAAGGCAAAAGAGUUCCCUUACUCCCCCGGAUCUCCACCCAUGUCCCUUAUGAAUCUAGUCGUUGGCUAUUCCUUCAUUUGUUAAUGUAAUCCCAUCGUUCCUCUCGUCCUGCCCCUAUAUCCACAUACGCGUGUCCCUAAACAAAAAAAAUUAAUCCCUCGCUCUUAUGUUGCAAAAAAAGUACAAAAAUAUAAAUAUCAUAAUAAAUCAGCACAUCCAUCACCUUCAUUCGCGCGUCAUGUCCAUAAAUAAUGCCCUCUUAUGACACUUAUCGAAAGAGCAAACUUUGGCACGCGUUUCCCGGGAGGAUCCGGGACUGAAAUCCCGAUGAUGACCAGAGUCAGCUUUCAAAGUGUCCGUUG